GUCAAAGUCAAAGUUUCAAACGCAGAGGCAGCAAAAUGGACUUCUUCCACCGACAUCUCUUUCACACACAAAAACGAAAAAUCCCUCGGCAACCACAAACUCGGAGAAUCUCGCAAGAGAAACAUGGCGGAAUUCCUCUGGACAUUUGCCGCGCAGGAGCUGUUGAAGCAGGCGGUGAAACUCGCGGCGGAGCAAACAGCGCUGGCAUGGGGUUUCAACAAGGAGCUCUUGAAGCUGAGGGACUCUUUACUGAUGGUGGAAGCCAUCCUCCGCGAUGUCGACAGAAUUAAGGGAGAGCAUCAAGCCGUGAAGCUAUGGGUGGAGAAGCUUCAAGAGAUCGUUUUCGAAGCCGAUGUUUUACUCGACGAUCUCGCCUACGAACAUCUCCGGCGCAAGGUAGAAGCCGGAAACGAGGCCAUGGUGAGUAAUUUCGUUUCGAUCUCCAAAAAUCCCCUUGCUUUUCGUCUCAAAAUGGCCAAUAAAAUUAGGGCAAUAGCUAGGAUGUUGGAUAAGCAUUACUCUUCUGCGGCUGCUGUGGGGCUUGUUGCUGUAACGCCCAAAGAAAUUGAGCCCGAUUUUAGCCAGAUUCAAGAGACGGACUCGUUUCUUGAUGAGUUUGGAGUUAUUGGGAGGGAAAUUGAAGUUUCGGAGAUAGUGAAUAGGUUGAUUGAUUUUAGCCAUCGGGAUGCUCUGUCUGUUUUGCCUAUUGUUGGUAUGGGUGGAUUAGGGAAAACGGCUCUGAUGAAGGUGGUUUUCAAUCAUGAAUUCAUAAAGGGGAAUUUCGAUAGAACUAUAUGGGUGUGUGUGUCUGAACCUUUUGUUAUCAAGAAGAUCUUAAGAGCAAUUUUGGAAACUCUUAAUCCCAAUUUUGGUGGUCUAGAUAGCAAGGAAGCCUUACUUCAAGAGCUCCAAAAACUUUUGAAUGAUAAAAGAUGUUUUCUAGUGCUUGAUGAUGUUUGGAAUGAGAAUCUUACCUUGUGGAAUGAGUUGAAGGCGUGUUUGUUAAAGAUUUCUCAGAGAUCUGGAAAUACUGUUGUUGUCACUACUAGGAGCGAUAAAGUUGCAGAAGUCAUGGAGACACAUCCUAGACAUCAUUUGAAAAGCUUAUCGGAUGAUCAUUGUUGGUCCUUGUUUAAGAGUUAUGUAUUUGGAAAUGAAUCACUAGAUAUUCAAGAGUUGGAUAUUGUCAAGGGAGAGCUCGUUAAAAGAUUUGGUGGCAUACCAUUGGUUGUAAAAGUGUUAGGAGGAACAGUGAAAUUUGACGAGAAUAGUGAGGGAUUGCAGUCAACUUUGGAAAAUCUAAUGAGAAUUCCAUUGGAAGGUGAAAAUCAUGUUUUGUCCACAAUAAAGUUAAGUGUGGAUCGCCUACCAUCGUCCUCAUUAAAACAAUGUUUUGCCUACUGUUCAAAUUUUCCUCAAGACUUUGAGUUUAGAAAACAAGCACUUAUCCAAAUGUGGAUAGCACAAGGGUUUAUUCAAUCACUAGGGGGAAGUAAUGUGACAAUGGAGGAUGUUGGAGACAAGUACUUCAAUGUUUUGUUGUCUCGCUCCUUGUUUCAAGAUGUUGUCAAGGAUAGUAGAGGGAGGAUUAUAUAUUGUAAGAUGCAUGAUCUUAUACACGAUGUUGCAUGUGUUAUUUCAAAUGCUCAAAAAUUGAAAUUGAAUCUUUUAGAUUCACUGGAUGGAAUACGUCGGAGAGGCGAAGAUCGUUCAAUUGGUCAUAGAAUAAGAACACUUGAUUGUAGUGAAAAUGAUGCUAGAAAGUUGCACGUGUUGGCAUUCGAUAGUCAUGUGUUUCACAAUAAGAUCCUAGACUUUGUCUACUUGCGCGUUUUAAUUGCACAUUCGUGGUUUAUAAAUAAAUUACCAGAUUCAGUUGCAAAGUUGAAGCAUUUGAGGUAUAUUGACAUUUCACAUUCUACCAUAAGAGAGCUCCCAGAAUCUAUCGUGUUGCUUUAUAAUUUACAAACAUUGAGGCUUGGAAGUUUUCUUAAAGACCUUCCAAAAAAUUUGAGAAAGUUGGUUAGUUUAAGACAUUUAGAAAUUUUCACCAAUCCUUGCUACUCUACACAAAUGCCUCAACGUUUGGGUCAAUUAAGUCAACUUCAAACUCUAUCUAGUUUUGUAGUCGGGUUUGAUGAGGGAUGUAGGAUAGAGGAGCUUGGAACUUUGAAAAACCUUAAAGGGAAAUUAAGCCUUUUACGCCUUGAGCGAGUCAAAAGUAAAAAGGAAGCAAUGACUGCAAAAUUGGUGGAGAAGGAUAACAUUUCUGAUCUAUAUUUUCAGUGGUGUUUGAUAGGUGAAAGACAAGGGAGUAAUUAUAAUGAUUUGAAUGUGUUGGAAGGACUUCAACCACACAAGAAUCUUCAAGUCUUGAGAAUUCAUAACUUUGCAGGAGAACUUCUGCCUAAUGGUACUUUCGUUGAAAAAUUGGUCGAGAUAUAUCUCCACGGUUGUGAAAGAUGCAAAACUUUGCCAAUGCUUGGGCAGUUAUCCAAGCUUGAGGUACUUGAAAUUCGUGACUUACAUAGUGUAAGAAGUAUCGGGGAAGAAUUUUACGGGAAUUACCGAGACAAAAGGACUUUAUUCCACAAAUUAAGAACAUUUCACAUUUCUGAAAUGAGUAGUCUAGAGCAUUGGGAAGAAAUACGAGCUGUACCAAACGGUACAAUUUUUCCACAUCUUGAAAGCUUGAGCAUUGUUUGUUGUCUGAGAUUAACGAGUAUUCCAAACUUUUUUGCAUCUCAUGAGGAGGAGAGGUUGGGUUCAGCGAAGCUUCGAUCUCUAAAGAUUUUGGGAUGUGAAAACUUGACAGAACUACCGAAUGGAUUAGAAUUCUGCAGCUCCCUAAAAACUAUGUGGAUAGGCAACUGUUCUAAUUUGAAUUCUGUCCCAAGCUUGCAAAACAUGCAUAACUUGUCUUCUUUAAGCAUAACAGAGUUCCAAAAGUUGCCAGAGGGGCUGGCCCAGGUCCGUAACUUGAAAAGCUUGAGUGUUCAUGGUUACUUGCAAGGCUAUGAUUGGAGUCCACUCGUACACUUGGGUUCACUUGAAAAUCUUGUGUUGGCUGACUUCGGAGGAACUGCUGCAAUACAACUUCCUCAGCAACUCGAGCACCUUACUAAUCUAAGGUCACUGCAUAUUUCACAUUUCGAUGGUGUUGAAGCUCUGCCGGAAUGGUUCAGAAACUUUACGUCUUUGGAAAUAUUGAAGGUCUAUAAUUGCAGAAAGUUGAAAAACAUGCCAUCCAAGGAAGCCAUGUCAAAGCUCACAAGAUUAAAGAGUCUACGAGUUUAUGGAUGUUCAAAGCUUGAAGUUGGCCAAUGUGACUUUGAGCGGGUGAAAGUUACCCAUGCAUCAAUUGAAAUCCAUUUUUCACAGUAAGCUUUUUUUGGGUCAAAUUAUGUUAUUAGUCUCUUUAAUUACUCGUUUCUUGUAACAAUUUGGUCCUCCUCUUGUUAUUUGUAUUGAUUUAGUCUUUGAAUUGUUUUUUUUUGUUGGGUUAAAUGUUUAACUUUUAGGGAGGGGAGAAAAUAGAGGUAAUAACAAAUAGGGGAUUACAUUGGA